UAUGUUUCACUCAUCAUUUGUCCGAGGAGUGUUUAACUUAUCGGUUAUCACUGUGUGUUUAUUGACUACAAAUUGCUAGUGUGACUGGUUCGAAAAAAAGUUUUGCUCGUUCAUUCAUGACUGUUGGAUUAGGAAUAACUGGAUUUUGCUGUGGAAUAAAUAUAUUGUGUUUUGUGUGUGCAAAUUAAGAAAUGAUUCCGCGUGUGCUUGUAAAAUUGAAGAUAUGAUUUUGAUGAGCGAUUUCUUGCAGUUAAUUGCUGAAACAUUUAAUUGUUAGAUAAACAGACAAUGUCACACCACAGUGAUGAUGCGAUGCUGCUUGUGGGCAGCGACAGCUUCUGGGAACCUGGUAACUACAAAAGAACAACAAAAAGGAUAGAGGACAGUUUUAGAUUGUGUAAUGAUCUCAUACUUUUAAUUCAAGAAAGGAGUGAAAUAGAAAAAACCUAUGCCAAAAGUUUGCGGAACUGGUCUAAAAAGUGGAAUGAGACAAUAGAAAAAGGUCCUGAAUAUGGUACAACAGAAGCUGCCUGGAAAGCUGUUCUCAUUGAAGCAGAUAGGCGCUGUGACAUGCACCUUAGAGUUAAAGACCAGCUCCUAAAUGAUACAGUAACACAAAUUAAACUGUGGCAAAAAGACAACUUCCAUAAAACUAUGAUGAAUAUUAAAGAAAAAAAGGAAAUGGAUGAUAGUUUUAAGAAAGCUCAAAAGUCCUGGGCAAAGCUUUUAGCGAGAGUCAAUAAAUCCAAAGCCGACUAUCAUCAAGCUUGUAAAAACGAAAGGUCGGCUGUCAACCAAGAAAGAAAUGCUUCGGCAGAUACCUCAUUAUCACCUGAUCAAGUCACUAAACUACAGGACCGUGUUACUAAAUGUAAAUUUGAAGCACAGAGAGCGAAAGAGAGAUAUCAACAAGCCUUAGAAGAAAUCAAUGAUUAUAAUGCCAAGUAUAUGGAAGACAUGACAGUUGUAUUUGAUAAGUGCCAAGAAUUUGAAGAAAAGCGAUUAGAUUUUUUUAAAGAAAUGCUUUUUGGUAUUCAUGGUUGCCUUAACAUUUCAACAGAUCCUGAACUUCCUCAGAUAUAUGAAGAAUAUAGGCACAGUAUACAAAAUGCUGAUGCGAAAAAAGAUUUGAAAUGGUGGUCCAAUAAUCAUGGAGUUGGAAUGGCUAUGAACUGGCCCCAAUUUGAAGAAUAUUGUGAAGAGUUCCGUGAUAUUGGUAAACUUAAAAAAGGAGCUGUACCAGAAAGCGGAAUCCUGUUGGUCAACCAGCAGAAAAUUGGAGAAGAUUUGCCUGAAUAUUCUACUGAAACUCAAAAUGGUUCUAAAAAGGAAAAACGGGGAACUGAUGGACCAGCGACCAAAAUGCGUAUGGACAAAAACAAGCCAUCUUCAAACCGAAAUUCAGGAAUCAACUUAAAUGGGAAACAAGAACAAAAUCCAUUUGAUGAUGAUCAAGAAGAUUGGGAAGAAAGUUCUAAUGAUGCUUUAGUUGAUAAUGGAGAACCUGGAGUACCAGUAAGAGCUCUGUAUGAUUAUGAAGGCGCUGAAGCUGAUGAAUUGUCAUUUAAAAAUGGUGAAGUUUUUGAAAAACUGGAAGAUGAGGAUGAGCAAGGCUGGUGCAAGGGUCGGAAAGAUGGCAGGGUUGGAUUAUAUCCCGCUAGCUAUGUAGAACUAGUUGCCAAUUAAAAACUCACAAAACAUAGCAAAAAAGUGACGAUCCCAGUGGGAUUCUAGCACUUGUGUUACCUGCUGUACAAAAGCACAAAAAGAUUUUUGUCCCUUGUCUAACUUAAUGAGAAGUGCAAAAGGAAGGAAAAAAUGCUUUGUGCAGUUUGAAGUCAAUGAGCAGUUUACAAGAGUCUAUGUUUUUUCGGAAAAUUUUAUUUCAGAGUUGGUGAUAUCAGUGAUAAACUGGAAGUAUAAUUAAGCCAAGCUUCUAUUUUAAAUAAAGUUUCCUCCUCUAAAUAAAUGUGGUUUCUGUGAAGCAACAAACUGUUAAGCAAUUUUCAUGUUUUAUAUAUUUAAGCCUGGAUCAUUCUGAGGAUUUUGAUUUUGUUUAUGUAUCAUUUGAUUACUUUUUUAAGACCCUCUAGUUUUUUAAAGCAAAGCUUCUGUUUAGCAGAAAGGAAAUAAGUAUUUUGCUAGAUUUUUUUUUUCUUAAAACUUUACCUCAACAUAAAAACACAUCAAAUGGACCUUACAAUUAUAAAUUUUGUAUAUGUUGUGUAAUAUAUAUAUUAACACAAAAUUUAUUUAUUUUAAAAAUAGACUUAUAAAAAUGUUGCAGUUAAUAUAAAAUACUUUUUUUAAUUGCCUUUUCAAACUAUAGGUCAUGUUAAAAUAAUAUUUGAACCUGAUAUAUUCGUUAAAUGUUUCAGUGUUUAGUUAAUUAGUUAUCGUUAUAAUCAUUUAUUUUCUUCCAGAGUUUAAAGGUAAAGCUUUGCAAUUUAAAUACUCUACUAAGAAAGUUCGUGAACAUGCAUUUUAAAUUAUGUCCAUUUUUGAAAUGUUGCCAAUUCGUUCAAGUACAUCAGAAACACUUUUUUUAAUUUGAUAAAAAAGAAACUUAAAGCUUAAACCAUGAAAAAAAAAUUUUUUUUAACUAAAUUGUGUGCACUUUUUGUUUAAUAAUUAUUGAAAUAACAUCACUGUAUAAAUUAUUUUUUUACUUCUGUUAGAAGUUGGGAAAAUUUAGAAAUUUUUCCUGUUCAGAUGGAGGGGGGGGGGGAAUAACUUCUCAUAUUUAUGUGGAAAAAGAAACGUUUCAACUCUAAGAAUAGUAUUUCUGAGAUCCAGAUAAUUUUCAUCCCUUUUUAAAAAUAAAACAAAUUUUAUUGUUUGAAAAUGUGUUUUUGAUAUUACACGAACAUAUCAUGAGCCAACAUUUUCAAAACUUCAUUUAAAAAGCAUGUGCACAAAUUUUUGGUCCAUAGCACAUGUAUUUUCAAAAUGAUGUCAAUAUACGUGCCGAUUUUUUAAGUCCAAAUACAUAUAAAAAAUUGCUUACCAGAAAUAGAAGUUUUUAAAAAAAUAUAUGUAUAGUAUAUCAUUUUAUAAUUACACUCCUCUUUAAAUAUAAGUGAUUGUAACAGUGGACACAGUCGAAGUUGCACUUUUAAAAAAGUAAAUUUUAAAACUAUUCAAAUGCUAUUGUUUAUAACAUAAAGAUAAUUUUCAAUGUGGCAUGCACCCAUAAUAUAACAUAUGUAUGGAUAAUUAAAAGAAAACUUGUGCAACUUGGUAAUUGGUAAAUUUAACUAGACACUAGCUUCAUAUUUUAAUAGUUAGUUUUCAAAUAAUUGAAAUUAUGCUCAGUUUUUUAUUUAUCAAAUAUAAGUUAUUUUUAUAAUUUAGCAUUUUAUUUAUUUCAAUUUAAAAUAAUAGAUUAGCGAAAUGUGUAUAUAUAUUUAAUUUAUUUCUGUUAGCUUUGUUACAUAUUGUCCGUACACUCAUUAAGUUAGCACUUCAGAAUUUUGAUUAUAAAUUUUUGUACAUUACAAUUCUUUCUUAUUAUUUUCUUUAUUUCAAAAAAUAUGUGUACUUAAAACUAAAUUUUUAAUGAUUUUAACCUAUCUAAUUGACGUUUUAUUUGUGUUUGUGCAAAUUAUAAAUUGGGGCAAUAUAUUUUUGUGUGUUUUAUUUCAUUAUUUGUGAAACUUUUAAAUAAAUCACUACAAUAUCUAUAAAAA